GAGAAAAGGAAAAAAAAUAGAUUAAAAAAACAGUGUUUUUUUUCGUCUUCAAAAAACCAAAAAAAUUGUUCUAGAUCGGAAUAAGUAGUGAGACUGCAAAUUGUUCGGCUCUCAGGUGAUUUGGUCCUCCACCGACGGAACCGUCUCUGGUCAGUGGGCUAGCUGAGAGCUCUUCCUUGUUAACUGCAAGCCCCUCACAAGCACGAGCACGAGCACGAGCACGAGCACAUAGUGCACAAAGACAGUGUGGAGAUGGCUUUUGGUGCGAGAAGGGCAAUCUUCUUAGGCUUGGUGUUGGUUAUGGUUUUGGGCAUCGCAGUCUACUUCAGGCUUUGGGCUAUUGAUUCCAGAUUUUCAUCUGAUGAUAGAGAACUCAUAAGACGGCAAUUUGAUCUUGCUAACAUGGACGCAAUGGAUGAAUCAGCAGAGUGGAGAAGGAAAUAUGAUGACGAGGUGGAGAGGGCCACAACAUGUUUGAAAGAGAUGCUAGAGAUGAAGGCCACUCUUGAGAAGAAGAUGGAGGAAACUGCUAACGCCAACCCAAAAUUGGCAAUGCUGCAGAAGGAAAAUAUUGGCUUGCUUGAGCGGGUGGAGUCCUUGCAACAAGAGUUAGAAGCAGAGAAGUUGAAGUGCAGCUUACGACAACUUAGAUGAUCAUGAGGUGCAAUAUUAGCUUGCACAUAAUUCUAUGAGAAACACCACUUCGAAUCAUGCGCAUUCCUCACAAUUCUUAGAUUAUCAACUGGUGGUCACUAAAGGAUGUGCUUCUUGAGCAUAAUUUUCCAUGGGUUUGUAGCCUUUAUAUUUCUCCCUGUAUGUAAUGUUCGGUUGAGGUAAGUGCGCUACAAUUAAUGCAGAUUUUUCGUUCUGUACACAACUACUGCUUGGUGCUUCAUGAGCCAGAGGUAUUGAAGGAAGAAAUGAAGUACCAUUUUGCUGCUUGGUUCUCAAGAACAUGAGUAUCAUUCUUUCAUAAUUUUGUUGGUCCUUUUUGUGUAACAGAAUAAAUGAUAAAUAAAAAUAAAAAAACUUUCACUGUGAA